AUGAGGUGGACGCUUCCGCAUCUGCAGGAUGAGGGGGAUGGGCCUGAAGAGGAGGAGGAGGAGGAGCGUAGUGGUGGAAAUGUGGAGGGGAGAAGUAAUGAUGCUCAUAUGGGUGGUGGUGGGGAUAGGGGUCGUGAGCGGGGUGAGGAUGGUGAGGGGGAGGAUCGAGAGGGUGAGGAGAAUGAGGGUUGUGCGGAGGAGGGUGCUGAGGGGGGGGUUGAUGUGGAGGAGGAUGGUGAGGGGGAGGGUGAUGAGGAGGGGGAGGGUGAUGAGGAGGGGGAGGGUGAUGAGGAGGGGGAGGGUGAUGAGGAGGGGGAGGGUGGUGAGGAGGAGAAGGGUGGUGAGGGGAAGGAGGGUGGUGAGGGGGAGGAGGGUGGUGAGGAGGGGGAGGGUGGUGAGGGGGAGGAGGGUGGUGAGGGGGAGGAGGGUGGUGAGGGGGAGGAGGGUGGUGAGGGGGAGGAGGGUGGUGAGGGGGAGGAGGGUGGUGAAGGGGAGGAGGGUGGUGAGUGGGAGGAGGGUGGUGAGGGUGCGGAGGGAGAUGAGGUGGAGGAGGCGCACGAGGAGAAUCACCCUCUUGCUUAA